AUGAGCUCAAAGAAAUCACUAUUAGAUAUUCGUUUGGCUGUUGAGCCAGUCGAUAAAACGACUUUCAGAAAUCUUGGAGAUCUAAAAGUUCCUGGUUCAGAGAUUGGGAUCUAUGGGGGAGCAUUGGUUGCCCAAUCAUUAAUUGCAGCACUAAAGACAAUUGAUAAUGGGCAAACUCCAUUGAAAGAUUCUAGUAACCAGUUCAAACCACAUAGUAUGCACAACUAUUUUCUUCUUGGUGGUGAUCCAAAAAAGGAAUUAACUUAUAAAGUAAUAAAUAUCAGAGAUGGAAAAAAUUUUAAAACAAAGCAAGUUCAUGCAAUUCAAAAUGAUAAGAUUAUAUUUAUAUCGAUAAUUUCAUUUAGAAAUUAUUUGGUGAAAGAUGGUGAGCAGUAUGUUUUGGAUAAUCCAUUUGAAAAAAAAUUGGGAAAACAAUUGAAGUAUCAGCCUGAUUUUGAGAAAACUGUCAAGACAUAUGGUAUUAAGAACCAAGAGGAUUGUACAAAUAACGAGGAAGUGUAUUUGACCAAGUUGGUCCCAAUUAGAGACAAUUUUUUGAAAGAAAAAAAUGGUGCAAUUGAUGAAGAGAUUAAGAGUUCAUAUCUUACUGAUCCAAUGGAAACGAGGUUUCCACCCAAUUAUUUUGAUUUAAGCACACCCAAAAUCUAUGGUAAAGACCAGCCAGUCUCAGAAAGAGUGUGCUACUAUUAUUCAAGAAUUAAGCCCAAUACUGGAAAAUUAAAUAAAACAUUGGAUAGAGAAGUUGGCCUUUCAUACUUGAGUGAUCAGUUUUUUUUGUUGGGACUAAUGCCAUUAAAUAAUAGAAGAUUUUUCAGUGCCUUUUUCUCAAGAAGUUUGGAUCAUUCAAUUUAUUUUUGUAAUGAGGUUGAGUAUGACAUUUGCGAUUGGUUAUGUUUUGUUAUUAGUAGUUCAAGAAGUUCGGGAGAUGGGCUAAGUCUAAUGGAAGGGAAAAUAUUUAACAAAGAUGGAAGGUUGGUAGCAGUUAUGGUUCAAGAAGGAUUGGUGACGGUUGAUAAUCGAAAAUCAAAGUUGUGA